AUGCCCUUCUUGGACGCAUGUAUGCUCAUCCCUCCCUAUCAGAAAUUUCUCAAGGACGCUGUAACCGAGAGAAGAAAAGAGGUUCAGGGUAUGGUCGUUCUUUCUCAGGAAUGUAGCGCAAUCAUCACUAGGAAAGUGGUUGGGAAGAAGUUUGAGGAUCCAGGCAGUUUCACUCUCCCUUGUUCUAUUGGUCCUCUGGCAUUCAACCGAAGCUUAUGUGAUCUUGGAGCAGGCGUAUCUGUAAUGCCACUCACAGUAGCUAAGAGGCUUGGGUUCGAGAAGUAUCAAAAGUGCGACGUUUCCUUGGUACUUGCGGAUAGAUCAGUACGCAUCCCAGUGGGUAUGCUCGAGGACUUGCCUGUGCGAGUAGGAAACGUGGAGAUACCCACUGACUUUGUUAUCCUUGAGAUGGAUGAAGAACCCAAGGAUCCGCUGAUCUUGGGAAGGCCCUUUUUGGCAACCGCUGGAGCUAUCAUCGAUGUUCAGAGAGGGAAGAUUGAGCUAAACUUUGGAGAUGACUUCAAGCUCAGCUUCGACAUCAAGAGGUCGAUGAAGAAACCAACCAUUGAUGGACAGCUCUUCUGGGUAGAGACUUUGGAUCAGUUGGCAGACGAGUAUCUAGAGGAGUUAGCCACAGAGGACCAGCUUCAGCUAACCUUGACUGAGAAAGCGGAGGAAAAGAGCUACUUCAACACCGAAUCCUUGGAGUAUGCUCGACUCUUAGACUCCCACAGAGGGACUGUUCCCAAUGACGUGGUUGAGGAAAUCAUAGGACGCUCCGUGAGAGUUGAGGAAAUCCACAAGGUAGAGGCAGAGCACGACCUCGAGCAACUUCAGACGAUGACUGGAGCGAGCUCAAAGCCCCAAAGGUGGACCUCAAGACCUUACCAGAUGGGCUAA